UGAAAUUUAGACUUGUCUUCUUCUUGAUAGCGGCCGACUGGGUUCUUGAAUUAUUAACAACCAGAGUCCCUGUGUUUGCUUUGCAUGCAGAUCUCUGAACUUUCUCUGGUGGGCUUCAUUUUUGGAUAGACAAACAAACAGUCCUUAUGCUGUGAAAGUGAAGCACUCCAUUGAUGAUACGGGAAAACUUGAUUCUUAAAAGAUCAAGGUGAAAAUAGAAUAGGAAAGGAACCUCAAGGUUCAGGGGAAUCAUUAACCUGGGGUGGGGAAGCAAUUCGUGUAAAGAUAUGGCCCGUCAUUCUCCGAAGUAAACAAGAUAGCCCUACCAUGAAGAGAAAAAUCCAGGAAACGACCAACAGUCCGCCAUUGCAUGAAGCUCAAAAUGGCCGUGAAAGAGAUGGAAAGAAUCAACCAAACGGCAUAAGUGAGAGCCAUGGUGGCACAACAUCAAAAUUAGGCACUAUUUUCGCGGACCAGAGUCUUGUCCCAAUUCUCCAUGCAAUAAUCAAGAAGCAUGGGGAUAUUGUCAAAGAUUGCAAACUGAAGUCCGGAUACAUUCGGACUUGUGUCCUGGAGGCAAUUUGCAAGGUUGUUCAAGAACUGCGAAGGAUGGAGCUGAGUGAACUGGAUAGCGCCCACUUGCAUGACUAUUGUUGUGCUGUGGAAGAUGCUCUAACAAUGAAGGUGGAUGUGAAUUGGCUACGCGAGCGACUUGAUGAAAUCAAACUGGCGGUGCAAUCAAAUGUGGAGGCUAUGAAAUUAACAGAUAUCCAGACAAUGCACAUGGAUUUGAAGGCUAAGCGCGUGGAAGAGAUCGAGCUUAUGAAAAAACAACUGCAGAAUCUUGAAUCCGAAAUUGAUGCAAAGGAAUGUCAAUUGGCGGUGGAGACACUAGAGGUUGAGAAGCUGAACACUAGCAUUAGAAGCUUGUCUUCUGUGUCCCAGCGGUUCGACGGCAAGUCUUUGAUGGACGGGCUUCUUUAGAUGCACUUGUAUGGUGCCCUCUCUUUCCCUCGCAUCAGUAGUUUAUUUCUGAAUAGUUUUCUUCCAUGUUUUCAAGACAAUCUGUUGAUCCACUCACUUAUGUACUUAAAAAGUUCUGGCAUGGCAUCUCUCUCAUCUCUUGGAAACAAUUAGAUUUUCUUUUGUUUUCAUGGGAUCAGAUUUUGAAUUGAUGCUAUCGUGAUAUCACAGUGUAUCGGAGUUGGUCCAACAGAGAUUAAUGUAUGAACCUGAUGUCCACUUUGAGAGCAAGCUUUUCAUUUCUAUUUUUU